AUGAAAGGUACCAACGUCCUGCAGCAAUGGAAUGGAAUAGAUUACAACCAACAACCGGAAGAAGGAUUGUCGCAGCUGCCAUCUGAAGAUUACAUACAAGAGAACGACAAGUAAGUACCUACUCACACAGCAAAAUUAUAUUUUCCCUUUAUUUAUAUUAUGAUCCUCUAACAUAUUAAUAUUGUAUGCAUAUGAAAAGUAACUGUUUUUUUGUAUGAUAUGUACGUUUUACACAUAUUUUCACAAUAUGUAAUGGCAAAAAAAAAUAAAUGAUAUUUAAACAACUUUGUCAGACACAUUUAUUAUUUCAUGAUCUUGGAAAUGUUUCAUUAAUAUCAAUUUCAAAAUAUUGUACUCACGUAUUCUUUAUAUUUUUGUAAAAAUAUGUUUUAAAACAUUGGAGAUAAUAAAAAAGUAUUUGAGAAUAUUUACAAAUAUAACUAAGUUAGACAGACUCAAAAUAUAGCAAAUUGAUAAGUGAAGCCUUAAAUUAAACUAGGGCAGUAUCAAUGUUAGUCCUAGGGGUAGAAAUAGAAGGCAAUCCACUGCAAAGUUAAUUUUCAAGUAUAUUUGAGACACCACUACGAAUGUAAUUGGUAAUAAAUGUAAAUGUAAAAUAUAAUCUAAUGUAAAAUUUAAUAUACUUUUUAAAUUUUUUUAUUUAACCAUAAAACCAUUUUUUAAUUGUCUGUUAAUUAAAAUAAUUGUAAUAAUAAUUAAAUUUGGCUAUAUAAAAGCAAAGUAUAACAAUUAUUUUGAUAUUAUAUUUCAACAUACAUACAAAUUUGCCAAGAAAAAAAAUAAUCCAUUUAAAUCUUCAUAAUUCUACUAGCUAUAAAAUAAUUUUGUCUUUUGUUGAAUAUAUUAAGAAUACAAAUUAAAAGGUUAUUUGUGUAUUGUAAGUAUAAAAAAAAAAAUAAAAAAUGCAUAUUAUCAAGUCAAAAAUUCAAAUAAUUGUAAUUAUUCUAUGUAGAAUUAGCCUUUCCUUAUUAUUAUAAUAUUAUUAGAAGAUUGAGUCAGCUAACUUUUUAUGCCAUUGCUUAAUUCUCAUCAGAAACAUUUGUAAAUGNGUGUUGGGGAGGUAAAUUUUAUUACAAAACUGAAGAAAUUUUUAAAAUAUACUUGAAAAUCUUUUCCUUUUUUUUCGAGCGAAGGUCACGGUAAACGCGAUGUGGAAGCUGCUAACCGCCUGCACCAAUUGGCGCUGAUGCAGCAAAAAUCGGCCACGGCUGGUGACUUCAAACACGAAACUUCCGAAGAUCUCAACCAGCUAAUAUCAUCACAAGGAUGA